UGUACCUAAGUACCUAGUUAUACUGUUCGAAAAUUUCUUUAGUUUCGAUCUGAAUAAAAUUUCUGUUCAACUCAUCAUUGACAUUAUGUUAAUAUUGAUGAUAUUUGAUAUUUUACUACAAGGCCUUACCUAGCCUUCUGUUCAUUCAUUCAUUCUUUUUCAAGAUAAUCCAAUGCUUUCCUUCAAUUCUUCAUGUUUGCGUGGAAAACAUAGUGUAUUACUAAAGCCUCGGGUUUCUCCCUCCAUCCUCACAAAUGUUGCUUCACGUGCUUCUUCUCUCUCGGCAAUCCACAGAGGACUCCGGGACUCGGAAAAGUCAAGGCCGCAGGGGUUCACGCGGGAUGCCUUGAAUACUGCUGGUUCUCCUAGAUCACCCUUCUAUAACAAAGAUGCACGAUCAUCCUUCAAAAUUAAGAAGGGCAAAAAGGACAUCACAAGUGAUGGACCAGGGCCAAAGUCAAGAAAGGCGCGCUUCUACGAUCCAGAUGAAUCAUUUGGGAAGAAAAGUCUUGUGUACCAGUUGAAUGGGGGGGUCUCAAGGGGGGGUGCCUCGCGCGGCACAUCGCACAGAGACACCGACAGAAGACGACCAGAAGAUAGGAUGACUCCCGAUCAAUUCCUAAAUGACUUCAAGUCUAGUUCAGCACGAUCAUUCUCAUCAGACACGAGCCCCCAGAAAACUCGUGCGCCUGCUCCCAGGCCACGAUUCGGGGACCGGCCUAGCGGUACCUACGACAGACCGCCGCGAGAUAAGCCGUCCUACGACAGGACCAGUGGAGACAGGCCAUCUUACAACAAGCCAUCUUAUGAGAGAUCUACUGGAGAUAGGCCAUCAUAUAGCAAGCCAUCUUAUGAUAGGUCUACUGGAGAUAGGCCAUCUUAUGACAGGUCCAGUGGAGACAGACCGUCUUACAACAAGCCAUCUUACGAUAGGUCUACCGGAGAUAGACCAUCUUAUACCAAGCCGUCCUAUGAUAGACAGACUGGAGACAGAACAGGCCAAAGAGAAGAGCGGAGUUCGUUUAGUCAAAGCCCACCAAGAGAGCAUAUGCCUAUCCGUAUCCCUCGCACCACCGCAGCAUCCCAAUUCCUCUAUGGCCGUUUUGUAGUCGAGGCCGCUUUGAAGAACAGUGGGCGAAAACUCUAUAAGCUAUACAUCUACUGCGGCGAGAACCGUCAGGACGUGAUUCGAGACAUAAACCUCGAGAAACAGGCAGAACAAGCUGGCGUCCCAGUCGUAAAGGUUGAAGAUAACUAUGGUCUACGAAUGAUGGAUAAGAUGAGUGAGGAUCGGGCGCACAACGGCUACGUUCUUGAGGCAUCUCCGUUGCCACAAUUGCCGCUCAAAGCUCUGGGUCCGUGGACCGAUGACCCGACUCCCGGAUUUCAUCUCGAGCUAGCUCAUCAAUCCGCCGAGGAAGAGGAGGUGAACGGCUCGUCCGAAUUCGUCCCAUGCAAGCUUCCACCCAACAGGAAACCUUUCCUCUUGUUAUUGGACAAAAUCCAGGACCCGGGUAACUUGGGGGCCAUCCUACGGUCAGCAUCGUUUCUGGGUGUCAACGCGGUAGCGAUGACGACACAUCAAUCUGCCAAGAUGACUUCUACAACAUUGAAGGCAUCAGCUGGAGCGUCCGAAAUCCUCAAGUGCUUUGCAGUCAGCUCCGUGGUUGACUUCCUCACUCGGUCCCAGGAGGCGGGGUGGACUGUCUACGCUGCCGUAGCGCCCACUUUCCGGCCGAGGGGAAACAAGCAUCUUACAUUGGAUAGGGUAGAUAUAUAUGACCCUACGGCGAACCACCCCACGAUCCUAGUCGUUGGGAGCGAAGGCGAAGGGCUCGAUGGCAAAACCAAGCAGACAGCAGACUUUGAGGUCUCGAUACCGAAUCUCUCAGGAUCUACUGUGGUAGACAGUCUGAAUGUCAGCGUAGCGACCGGUAUUCUUUGCUCGGCUUUCCUGAAGAAGCAGUUUACCUCGACCGCCCUGGAUCAGAUACUCGAAAGCCCGGAAGAGAAGGAUGAUGAGGAACGGUUAUUUUGAUAUAGCAUAGCAUGAAUACCUAUGACCUACCUACCUAUGUAUUGAUUAUGACAAUGAUGUCUGGGAAUAACUAUAGUCAGCAUGGAUGAGACGUUUGUAACAUUUAUGACCAUUGUGGAAUGUAACGGAAACGACUUGCAUACGGAUGAACCACUCAAUAAACACCUACGGUUAGAUAGUUAUGUAAUUCAAAAGUACAUAACUA